UAAGGCCUGGGCGGGCCGGGCCGCGACACACACAGUCUCUGCCAUGGCGCUCAGCGAGCCUAUCCUGCCGUCCUUUGCCACCUUCGCCAGCCCGUGCGAGCGCGGCCUCCAGGAGCGCUGGCCGCGCAACGAGCCCGAGGCGAGUGGCACCGAUGAGGACCUCAACAGCGUUCUGGACUUCAUCCUGUCCAUGGGACUGGACGGUCUGGGUGCCGAGAACCCUCCCGAGCCGCCGCCACAGCCUCCGCCGCCUGCGUUCUACUAUCCGGAGCCGGGCGCCCCACCGCCCUACGGCACCCCCGCGGCAGGCCUAGGAACCGAGCUGCUGCGCCCGGAGUUGGACGCGUCCCCGGGACCGGCUCUGCACGGCCGCUUCGUCCUUGCGCCCCCGGGGCGGCUGGUGAAGACCGAGCCCCCCAACCUGAACGGCCAGUCCCAUGGACAGGAUGACGUCCAGAACGCUGUUGAGCUGGGCCUACCUCCCCCCGCCACCCGCGGUCUCCUCACGCCGCCCUCGUCCCCGUUGGAGCUGCUGGAGGCCAAACCCAAGCGCGGCCGCCGCUCCUGGCCCCGCAAGCGCGCCGCAACGCACACUUGCAGCUAUGCCAACUGCGGCAAGACCUACACCAAGAGUUCGCACCUAAAAGCGCACCUCCGUACGCACACAGGUGAGAAGCCGUACCACUGCAACUGGGACGGCUGCGGCUGGAAGUUCGCGCGCUCAGACGAGCUUACCCGCCACUACCGCAAGCACACAGGUCACAGGCCGUUCCAGUGCCACUUGUGCGACCGCGCCUUCUCCAGGUCCGACCACUUGGCCCUGCACAUGAAGCGACAUAUGUAGCCUGGGUAGACCUGGCUACUCCAUGCACGGCCGUGGCGGGUCCCACGCGCCGUGCACGGUCCCUUUGCAAACUGACUGCUAUUUAUUGGACCCUGAGGACGGGGCCGGGAGUGUGGCAAGACUCUGCCACCAGUUCUGGCCCCCACCGUGACUGAAGGCCCCGGGGAAGAAGACAGGAGCCUGUGACGAAUGUUUUCAAAAUGGUGCAAUAAUUAAUUGACUUAUUUCCCUCGGGUCCCCACUAGAGGAUCGAGGCUAGAUGCCUUGUGAGAAAUGGCCUUUUGAGUGUACUGUCACCCGUGUCGUUUUUUAUGAUGUUGUAUAUAAGUGACUGGCAGAUUGUAUUUACUAUAAGGGAGACGAUGGCAUCUUUGCCGCCUGCUUCAUUUUUAUAAGACUUUGUGUUUUCUAAUUAAAGUUUUGGAUCUUUGGAAGAA